UUUUUUUUUAUUUUUUUAUUUGGUUUGGUUAUGCCGUGGAUUGCGCUGUUUCUACAGUUUUACUUUACACGGUCCAAUAGCAUUUAUUCCACUUUCUGCAGAUUAGAGAAGCUACUUUCAAAAAAAAGGAAAGGAAAAAACGACCCUCAUCUUAAAUCCAUUUGUCCCAUUGUCCUUUACCUCCCAAAAAAGAAAAAAGAAAAAUGAAGUUUGUUAGAUUAUUCUUCAAAGCCCAGCAUUCUUCUCGUUUGAAAAACCUCCUUAUAAUUUCAUCUUCUAUGUGUAUGCUGUAUUUUCUUGUUUCAACCUUCAAUUUACAAUAUUCUCCAUCCAAGCUUGUACAUACACAUGGUUCCUCCAGGGAAGAUCAUGUUCAUGAAUCAAUUUCCUUGCAGCAUAUUGUGUUUGGAAUUGCUUCCAACAAGAAAUCAUGGCCAAAGAGGAAAGAUUAUGUUAGGCUCUGGUGGAAACAACCCUAUAUGAGAGGUUGCGUGUUCCUUGAACAAAGCCUCCCUCCACCAGAACAACAAAUUGCAGACAACGAUACUUCUCUUCCUCCUCUAUGCAUAUCCGGAAACACUUCUGAUUUCCGGUAUACUUACCGGGGAAGGGGAGGUCUGCGGUCGGCGAUUCGGGUUGCACGUGUUGUUUCCGAGACAGUGCAGCUCAAUCACACAAACGUAAGGUGGUAUGUGUUUGGGGACGAUGACACGGUUUUCUUCCCUGAGAAUUUGGUAAAGACUCUUUCCAAGUAUGAUCACGAACUCUGGUACUACAUUGGGACAAACUCAGAGAUCUAUGAACAGAACAGAGUAUUCGGAUUUGGAAUGGCUUUUGGCGGGGCAGGUUUUGCUAUAAGUUCACCUUUAGCUAAAGUUUUGGCCAGAAUUUUUGAUUCUUGCAUAGAGAGAUACCCACAUCUCUAUGGAAGUGAUUCGAGGAUUUCUUCUUGCUUGGCUGAGCUUGGUGUGGGAUUGACCCAUGAACCCGGUUUUCAUCAGAUUGAUCUUCAUGGUGAUAUGUUUGGUCUACUGGCUUCACAUCCAGUAACACCAUUGGUAUCGCUGCAUCACUUUGAUCAUAUAAAUCCUAUCUUCCCCAACAUGUCAACCGCUAAAGCUCUGCAGCACUUGUUCGAAGCUGCAGAGGUCGAUUCUCAGAGGAUUCUGCAGCAAACGAUUUGCUACGACAGAUGGUAUUCAUGGACGAUUUCUGUGUCGUGGGGCUAUGCUGUUCAGAUUUUCGGAAACCAUGUGCUUCUGCCAGAUAUCCUAGGCGUGCCUGAGACAUUCCAGCCCUGGAAGAAGGGUGUACUUUUGUCCGGAGUUUAUACUUUCAACACCAGAAAACCCCACACUGAUCCAUGUCAACGACCCGCCAUUUUCUUCUUCAGCAAUGUAACCUCGGGAAGAGAUGGAAUCGUGACAGUUUACAAGAAAUCUUUUGACAAUUGUACUUAUGAUGCUGCUUCACCCAAGAAGCUAAAGGAGGUCAGAGUAUUGUCACAGAGGCUAGAACUUGAUCUCAACCAGUUGCGGGCUCCAAGAAGGCAUUGCUGUGAAGUAUUACCUUCAUCUACAGGACAAGUGAUGGACAUUGCAAUUAGAGAAUGCAAGGAAGAGGAACUAAUACACAUGCAACAUUAAAUUACUCGUAAUAUAUGGUGCUUGGAAAAACUUUUUUAUGUCACAAGUAUAUGGCCAUGUGGUAUCCCUCUUCCAUUUAGUUACUGACAUGUGGGACGAGUUCGCUUUCCUUGCUAAUACAUCAUUAUAACUAUAUAUUUGUAAGUCCUAUACAUAUUGAUAUUAGUAUACCAACAUUGAAUUGCUUUCCUGGUUGGAGAAUUGAAAUCUGAACCUGAAAUGAAGCAAUUUCAGAUUUUGAGUGAUUUAAAGGAGGAUGUGAACGACAUGUUUUGAUGGUGCUUUAGCAAGAAUUGUUCGUCUUUCAUGGGAAAGUUCAGUUACAUAAAUGCAGCAAGUGAAGAAACUUGUGAAAGUUUUCUCGAAAUUCAAACUUUUUUCCUUUUA